AUGAAACUACAAUUUAUGCAUGGAUUAAUUAUAGGACUCAUAAUUUCUUACAUUGCUUUUAGUUUGAAUAGUCAUAUAUUGAAUUGGUUCAUUCAAUGGACGAUACCGUAUAACAGUAACGUGGAGAACACGUCUGAACAAGGAUCUGCAAGCUUUCGCAGCAUGGAUGACAAUCAUGUCCACAAUGAUGAUGAUUCUGUUGCCCAGAAACUUCAACAAAAAGUUCGUGUUCUUGUUGCUGUCAUGACGGCUACAGCGAAUCUGCAGACCAAAGCCCAGGUAGUUAAAGAUACGUGGGCAAGGCAUUGCAGCAAAAUUAUAUUUUUCAGCACUAAAGAGAAUAAGGCAUUUCCAACUGUUCGUCUCAAUGUACGCGAAGGUAGAGAUCAUCUCACUGCCAAGACAAUGGCUGGAUUCGACUAUAUGUAUGAGCACCAUUACAACGAUUUUGAUUGGUUCAUGAAGGCUGACGACGAUACCUAUGUGAUCAUGGAAAACCUGCGUUACUUUUUGUCAAGCCAGAACUUUAGAGAACCUGUGUUCUUUGGUCACCAUUUUGUACAGUUUGUCAAGCAAGGGUACAACAGUGGCGGUGCCGGAUAUGUCCUUAGCAAAGAAGCCAUACGAAGAAUAAGUCAGAGAGGAAAUAAUUCCAAAUGCAAUGAAGAUGGCAAAUACGAAGAUAUCGAUAUAGGACGCUGCCUUGAAAACCUUGGGGUACGACUCGCUAACAGUACCGAUGCUCUUGGAAGGAACAGGUUCCACGUGUUUACUCCUUCGACUCACUUAAAGGGACAAUAUCCAAAGUGGUUUUAUCGUUAUGAUGCCCGCGGCGGUGCAAAGGGAAUAGAAAGUAUGAGCGAUUACAGUAUCAGCUUCCAUCAUAUCACGCCAAAACAGAUGAUGGAAUUUGAGUUUUUCAUUUAUCACGUGCGGCCAUAUGGCAUCUACAAUGGAGAGCAAAAGCUGAACAUAAAAAACAAUAAAAUCGAUCAAAAAUAA